AUGCCAACCGAAAUCCCAAUGGCAACACCAGCCCGCGCAAGCACCCUCCUCGCAAACCUAAGCAGCGUCACCGCUCGAAUCAGCGCGGCAAGCAGCAAAUCCGCCAAUGCCAGCAAAAAGCCCCGCCUGGUAGCCGUCAGCAAGCUCAAACCGGCCUCGGACGCGCUGGCCCUGCACCAAGCACCGGCGCCCAACUCGCAAGCGCACUUCGGCGAAAACUAUAUCCAAGAGCUCCUUGAGAAAUCACGCCUCCUACCCCCGACCAUCAAAUGGCACUUCAUCGGUGGGCUGCAGAGCAACAAGUGCGUGACGCUUGCGCGGGACGUGCGGGGUUUAUGGGCGGUUGAGAGUGUUGAUUCGGAGAAGAAGGCGAGUUUGUUGGAUAAGGGGUGGGGGGCGAGGGAUUUGGAGGCUGUGGGCGGGCGGCAUGAGUAUGUUGAUGGGGAUGGGGAGGGGGGUGAGGAUGGUAGGCUGCGGGUUUAUGUGCAGGUGAAUACCUCUGGGGAGGAGAAUAAGGCUGGGGUUGAGCCGGUGGCGGCGGCGGAGUUGUGUCGCUUUAUUCGGGAGAAGUGUGCUCGGUUGAGGUUGAUGGGGGUCAUGACUAUUGGGGCGAUUGCGAGGUCGAGGGAGACGACGGCCGAGAAUGAGAAUGAGGAUUUUGUUUGUUUGCGCGAGACGAGGGAUCGGAUUGUCUCGGAGCUUGGGUUGACUGGGAGUGAGGCGGAGUUGGAGCUUAGUAUGGGCAUGAGUUCGGAUUUCGAGGGCGCUAUUGCUUUGGGGAGUGAUCAGGUUAGGGUUGGGACUACGAUCUUUGGGGAUCGGCCGCCUAAGGCUGAGGCUAGGGUUGUUUGA